AUGAGCGCCGCCGAGGUCUCAAUUGUCACUGCCGCUGUGGCAACCCCUGAAGACAACGCGAGAGGAAAUACGGGAUCACGAGGUAGAGGAAGACGGGGACGGGGGCAUCACCGUGGUCGAGGACGAGGAGGACAUAACCGGAGUCAAGGCCGAGAUGGAAUAGAAGAAGCACCGGCUCCCAUACUGCCCGAUGCAACUGGGAUACAGAACCUCGCACAAUCCUCGACACAACAAACACCCAGUGGACAACCCCAACGACGAGCCCAAUCAAACAGGCAUCCAAAGCAGACACAGGACACCGCCCGCGGAGGGCACACUCACCAAGGCAGGCGUGGCAACCGCUCAUCUCGGGUGAGGGCGAACAGGACAGCUAAUAACAAUGGACAUGAUCGAAUUUCCCCUCAAGUUGGGGGCAGGUCAUUCGGAGGUCGGCUGACAAGAAAUGACGAGGACGCGAUAGAAAACCCAUCACCGUCGCUUGCCACGACUCAUGAUGAUCCUUUACAUGCCGAUGCCCCUGAAUUUGUGCCAGGACAAUCGCCCUCUCACGGACUCGACUCCAAGACUGGCUCGCAGCUCGUCAAAAAACAAGCCCGCAAACCUCCUGCGAAGAUAACGACAAAAUCGACGGCGCCGGAUUUAGCCACUCGUACGCACGAAGAUAUUGCCAAUGCUGUAUCAAGAAGUGGUCGAAGAACGAAGGAUCGGCUUUUCAGCAGCGUCAAGCAGAAAAUGGCACAGAAGCUCAGCGACAGUGGCGCUGUCCUGGAUGCAAUCUGCCACAGGAUAUUCUUCCAACAACAUACUCAUGUUGGUGUGAAAAGGAGAUUGACCCUCGUCCUCUACCUGGAAUACCUCCCCACUCGUGCGGACAAACUUGCUCUCGUGCUCGCAAGGGCUGCCCCCAUCCUUGCGAUUCAACCUGCCACGCAGGUCCUUGUUUACCCUGUACCGCUAUGGGACCCACACAGGACUGUUUUUGCGGAAAGAACUCAACAACAAAGAGGUGUGUCGACACUGAUUACACACAUGGCUGGAGCUGCGGGCAAAUAUGCGGUGAUUUACUGCCUUGUGGGAAGCACACUUGUCCCCUUCCAUGUCAUGAAGGGCUCUGCGGUUCAUGCGAAGAGAAAGUCGAUGCUCGUUGUUACUGUGGGAAAGCCCAAAAUGAGAUUCUAUGCAGUGCUACUGAAGAGGAAAUUACGAGUGAAUUAUAUGACACAGCGUCUCCAGACACUCCCAGCCACCCAGAGACAUGGAUAG